AUGACGACAGUACUCUGUCUGCUGAGUGUGUUUCUGAUCAUGAGUUGGACGAAUAUGCUAGCUGAUGCUGGAGGGUACAACUGCCCUGGCUCAGGACGCUGGACGGGGCCGUAUGGCUCGUAUGGCAAAGUUUACUCGUUAGUAAAGGAGCCCGCAGUGUACCACAAGGCGCAGGCCAUGUGUGCCCGCCUCGGCGCCUCUGUUGCCUGGCCCGAAGAAUUCGUAUACUCCCGUGUGGACUACGCUGGUCAGCUAGAGGCACGGCUUUGUCUGAAUAGUGACACACCGGUCUGGGUCGGACUCCGGCGGAAUGAGAGCGGAGUGUGGCAGGAAAAGGUGGGGCUAGGCUGGAGUCCGUGGCAAUGGGCCCCUGGGCACCCUGGGACCUACAACUGCGCGGUUCUUCUUCAUCGAAAACUGAUUGACACAGCGUGUGCUUCUUCGCAUGCUUCGCUCUGCGAGCUGGAUACAGCUUCUGUGGGAUCGACAAGCUGUGCGUACGAGGCCGACAGGGGCGUGACCUACUUCGGGACAGCGAACACCCCGCACAACAACGUCCGCUGCCUGCCCUGGAACACCGUGGAUGAUGCCCACAACCUCAACCUGGUGUACCCGGCUGAUGUGCCAGGUUGGUGGUACCACGACUUCUGCCGAAACCCGGACGGCAGCCGGCUCCGUCCUUGGUGCUACACCAGUGCUGCUCUUAAACACGAGUGCGACGUCCCAACCUGCUCAGAUCCGGCGGACUCUCUGCAGGAGAGGUGCCCGGAGGCGAGCUGUGCCGGACGGUGCCUUCACCGCGCCGAGGUGCCCCACACACAGACGUGCCACUGUGACUCCCACUGUGUAAUCUUCAACGACUGCUGCCUGGAUUUCACUGAAACAUGUGGAAACCUGACCGGACCACAGCUGCCCGCCGCCUUGUCCUUCGACUGCGUACCUGGGAACGAGUUUUUCGGCUCGCCCUACUGGAUGGUAACCUCGUGCCCAGACUCCUGGACCGAUGACGUCACCAGGAGCGCAUGCGUGGAAGCACCGCCGGACCCUGCAGAUCUGGACAACGUCCUUUCCUUAGUGCCCGUUAGUGAUAGCAAGUCUGAAGUGGGGACGUACAGAAACGUCUUCUGUGCCGUCUGUAAUAGCGUCCCGCUAUCCCAGGUCGUCUUCUGGGACGCUGGGCUGUAUUGUAGAUCAGCUAACGCGUUGAGCAUCAAUCAGACAGUCUAUGGUGUGGAUGAUGAAACUGUCCUAUGCGCUCCGAAUAGCCUCUACAACCCCAUGACUGGCCGCUGCAUAGCGUUAUCUGGUGCAGUAUCCACUGUUGCGCCCCAAUCUGCCGUCGCUCCGACCAAACCGCCCAAGUGCCAAGUUGGUCAAAUGGCGUUCGCGCCCUCUGAGUACACCAAACUCCCCAACGGGAGGGUUUUCGUCAAGGUGGCGAACAUGUCCUGUCCCUCCCACUACGUCCUCCCCGCCGGGGCUACCAUGUACGUGUGCCUGGACUGCUUCCCAAACCACGACCCCUGGUACAAGUUCCGCGACAACUCGGCGACGACUCCACCCAGUACCGACGAAGUGCAGGAGUACCUGACUCUUGCCCUCAUUUGCCUCUCGGCAGUUUCAGCCGCCGUCUUUACCAUCUACUCUCUGAGCAACAAACGCCUCCGUCCUCUGGACGGAAAACUCAAGCUACAACUCGUCCUGUCUCUUGUCUUGGCUGAAGUCCUGUUCGUGAUGAGAGGUAUAGUCCUGCCGGAGUCGGUUUGCACUGCCUUCGCGAUCGUCAUCCACUACCUCCUCUUGGUCGCUUUCUUCACCAUGAGCGCAAUGGCGUUUGACCUGUACCUACACUUCUCUCACAGUCCGUCUGCCGCCAACGAGAAGCCCGGGCGCUUCUUCCUCUACAGCUGGGGGGUGCCGACUGUGGUUGUCGGUGUCACCGCCUUGCUGGACUUUGGUAGCUCUGUUAGAGUUGGGUACGGUGGGAUAUAUUGCUGGAUUAGCAACCCCAUGGCAAGCGUUGUCGCUUUCGGCCUCCCCGUCGCCUUUGUCCUGUUCACAAACGCUUGUUUCGCGCUGCGCAUGCUCUGUACUCUGUGUGGCUGCGCUAGUGGUGCCAAUGAUGACGCGUUGAAGGGCGUCACCGCCAAAGUGUGGUUCUGUGUGCGCAUGACCGUCGUGAGCGGGCUCCCCUGGAUUCUGGGCUUCGUUGUGCCUUUUGUGACCAGUCCAGCUCUUGAGUACGUCUUCAUUAUCCUGAACGCGUCUCACGGGUUUCUACUGACCGUGGUUUUCAUCUUGAGUGAUAGAGCACUGUGCAAAUACGAGGAGAUCUCAACCCCGCCAUCAAGUACAGGUAAGAAUGAGAAUGAAACAGUUGAGAUGACGGUUCUGUCUUCAAGCAAGAAUGUUGUUAAAGAAGAAGUUGAGGAGGAAACCCCGGUUUAA